AUGGCUUCCCCGGAGAGCUGUGAGACUCGUAUAGAUGUCUGGAGUUGGCCAAAGAAAAAUUCAGAGCCGGCUACGCCGGCUUGUGGCCGUGAAGACAGUGCUCAAAUCAAUCUACUAAUAAGCUGGAUCCUCUACUCCUGCUCCGACCACCUCACCCACUUAGGGUGGAUCGGAACUUGUUUCCUCCUUCUCUUGUAUUUUGAUUGCCUGCAAGUGCACUUUGACAGACCUCUUCUCUCCCCUUCAACUAUUCAACGGGAUGAACUCUUCAAUCCUUGCUAUAUUCAUGUGUACCAGGGCGGCGCAGCCGCCCCUAAACCCUAG